UGUGGCUUUUCCAGAUAACCUUGUUUUCUUCCUUCUCUUCCGUUUGACAGCCUCCUGGUUCAUUGAAAUGACGUGGAAACAACGUUGAUCCAACCAGUUUGUGCCCAGUGGGUAUCACAUAUAGUAAGCCCCAGACUGACUGGACGGCUCUCAAGUUGAGAAGGUGGUAGACCAUGGAGAUGUCUGGGGACAUUGUUUAUGCCAAUGAAGACGUUAGAGGAAAACAAAGUGUUUCAGGGGACCACUUUUAUAAUAGAGGAGAUGACAUCUAUGAAGACAUUUAUGAAACUCCAGACACCAUCAAGUUUAAUGACUUGAGAAACAUGACUGAGGAUGUUACACCGAGGAGCAGAACAGGAGCUGAACUCUCAGAGUCUGAGGAACCAGAGAAGAGAUCUUUAAGAGCUGCUGCAGUGUGUCUGGGCCUGCUGAGUGUUCUCCUACUGGCUGGGACCAUAGGACUGUACCUCUACUAUGACAGAGCAUAUUACAACCUGACUGAGGACAGGGACCAGUUACAGACCAGUUACAACAAUCUGAUUGCAGAGAGGGAUCAGUUACAGGCCAGUUACAACAAUCUGAUUGCAGAGAGGGACCCGUUACAGACCAGUUACAACAAUCUGAUUGCAGAGAGGGACCAGUUACAGGCCAGUUACAGCAAUCUGACUGCAGAGAGACACCAGUUACAGAGGGAGAGAGACCUGUUGGUUUGGAAUUUGACUUGUGAGAGAAGCGGUUGUCCUGAUGGAUGGAGGAAGUUUGACUGCAGCUGUUACUUCCUCUCCAGUGAGUCUAAAACCUGGGAGGAGAGCAGACAGGACUGUCUAAAAAGAGGAGGAGACCUAGUGAUCAUUCAACGCAGAGAGGAACAGGACUACAUAAAAACGUUUGAGGUGACGUCCUGGAUUGGUCUGACUGAUGAACAUAGUGAGGGUCUCUGGACAUGGGUGGACAACACACAGCUAACUACAGCAGAGUACUGGCAUCCUGGUGAACCUAAUGGUGGAAGAGACGAGAACUGUGGAAUGUUUUGGUUGCAGUUUGAUGCCUGGAAUGACGCCUCGUGCUCUGAAGUGCUACCCUGGAUAUGUGAGAAAUGUGCAUAUUGUUAGGUUCUAAAAUAACCUAGUAAAAUUCACGGACGAUUAGUAAAACUUUAACCAAGUUUAUUCACCCAUUGGGUCAUACAAUUGCAUAAGACAAAGACAUGGUUCCAUCAAUGGUAGUAUAUAUACACCCCAAUUUGGCAGACGUCCUCCUCUCUAAACAUAACUUCCUGCCAAGCAAAACAGAUGUAAAGUGAUGCGGGCAAUAAACUAUUACUUCUGAUGAUUAACCAUAUUUAAAGUUUAGAAAUCCGAACCCAUAAAUAUGCUUAAGAGUCGCAGCUCAUAUAAUCUACGCACACACACACACACACACACACACACACACACACACACACACACACACACACACACACACACACACACACACACACACACACAGCCUGCCUUAGUGAUCUAGUUGAACCUCUUUACUCAGCAACUUCACCAUGUUUCAGGCCAGUCUGUAAAUGACAGUUGUCUCUAUGAGCUCAUUCACAAGGAUCACGUCACUCUCUGUAUCAAACCUGCUGUCUCCCUUCCACCACAUGUUGAACAGUGAAGUCAUCAAUACUUAUUCUGAGCUGACCAUGGACUGUACACACUGUGACACUUGAUUUAUACACUGCAAUUGAGAAAAGUUUGUCGACAUUGUUAGCCAAAUAGUAGUUUGUUGUUUUACGUUUUUAUUUUGCGUUAUCAGUUUAUGUUUUGGCUGCUGUUGAGGCAACUUUUAUCACAUGUGAUUAUGUAUUUCUUGACCUGCCUUAUGAUAUACUUUAAUACUGUCUGCUGUUUUUUAGUCUUGUGCUAAUA